ACCCGGCUCGUGUUGAAGUGAGGCGGUAUCUCCUGCUCGCCGCGGCCAAAAUCUCUCCUUAUUUUAAACUUUGUUCGUUGCUGAGAAUCAGCUCGUAAUUGUAGUGUGUACCAAGCGUUAUAUCCGAUUGUAUUUUCCAUUCCUUCUUCGCACACAUCUGCCAGUGUUGUCGUAGCAGGGCGGACAGAAACACCAACACACACCGUCUCUAGGUUUUUGACACUUUCACCUGUAUUUUCAGACUGAAAUGUCUGCCCACCCCCCGGGACAAGCCUUUCCAAACAAAACCCGUGUUGCCAUCCUGGCUGAGCUGGAGAGGGAGAGGAGGAGACUGCUGCAGAAUCCAGCCAUCAACACGCCCGGAGCCAGGAUGGGUCUGAAAGACUUCAGGGACAACGCAGAACAACAACACAUUGCAGCGCAGCAAAAGGCGGCCCUGCAGCAUGCACAUGCCCACUCCUCAGGGUUCUUCAUCACUCAGGACUCCUCCUUUGGAAACCUCAUCCUCCCUGUCCUCCCUCGCCUGGAGCCAGAGUCAUGACUGUAUUUUUAACACCGUUAUCUGCCUCCACGCUGACAAGACCCUGUUGUGGCCAGUUUCCUCUUUUAGGUCUGUGUGUGUGUGUGUAGAGUUUUUCCUCAUUUCUCAUCUCAUCGCAGCAACAUUCUCAGGGCAACGCCACAGACGGGGCGUCAAAUACGGCUGCUGUUUUUAAAAAACACUUUGGAAUUAAAAGUCCAACAUUUGUUGCAUUGCCUUUUCGCCGUCACUGGAAAGCAAUCGCUGUUGCCAAUCAUGCUAAGACUAAAUAAAGUGUUCUCCAGGUUUUUAAUUCUGAGAUUUCUUUGUGUAGAAACUGUGAUGAUGACGUUCUUGUAAAGUGUGUAGUUAAAAACUCAAACAGAAAA